CUAUACCAAUACCAAUACCAAUAUCAGAUCCUGCUCUGCACAUUUCUCUCUGCUCUGAGCCUCUGAGCAUCGAAUCAGUUUUGGGUAUUAUCAAAUGGCAUCUUCGGCAGCCAAGCUCAUGCAAGCUCUUCAGUAUGAUAGCUAUGGCGGUGGAGCUGCUGCUUUGAAGCAUGUUGAGGUUCCAGUGCCUUCUCCCAAGAAGAAUGAGAUUUUGGUUAAAAUGGAAGCAUUGGCUCUAAAUCCAGUGGAUUGGAAAAUUCAGAAAGGGAUGAUACGCCCCAUUUUCCCUCGCAAAUUCCCCCACAUUCCUGGUACUGAUGUGGCUGGAGAAGUAGUAGAAGUUGGACAAGGAGUCAACAAAUUCAAACCUGGUGACAAAGUCUUAACAUUUCUUAGCCAUACAAAUGGAGGUGGGCUUGCUGAGUAUGUUGUAGGUGUUGAGAACUUGACAGUGUCUCGGCCACCUGAAGUUUCAGCAGCUGAAGCUGCAGGCUUGCUUGUUGCUGGCCUCACAGCUCACCAGGCCCUCACUCAAUCAGCCGGGAUCAAGCUUGACGGGACCGGUGACCAGAAGAACAUUCUGGUCACUGCAGCCUCUGGUGGCGUAGGUCAGUAUGCAGUUCAAUUGGCAAAGCUUGGGAACACACAUGUUACAGCCACUUGUGGUGCCCGCAACUUUGACUUUGUGAAGAGCUUAGGUGCUGAUGAGGUUCUUGACUACAAGACCCCAGAAGGGUCAGCUCUGAAAAGCCCCUCCGGUAGGAAAUAUGAUGCGGUGGUCCACUGUUCGACUGGAAUUCCUUGGUCAACUUUUGAGCCUAAUCUGAGUAAGAACGGGAAGGUUAUCGAUAUUACUCCUGGACCAGCAGCUUUGUUGACUUUUGCUCUCAAAAAAGUUACCUUCUCUUCAAAGCAAUUAGUGCCGCUUCUCAUGAGUGCCAAGACUGAGAAUAUGGAAUAUCUGCUGAAUUUGGUGAAGGAAGGAAAGCUCAAGACAGUGAUUGACUCGAAGCAUCCACUGAGCAAGGCUGAAGAUGCUUGGGCCAAGAGUAUUGAUAGCCACGCUACUGGGAAGAUCAUUGUGGAGCCUUAGGUAGAGGUCUUCAUACCCAACCACUGUCACCAUUAUGUAUUUGAAUGUCUUUUGUGUGUGAGGACCGUACUAAUACUAUGUACAGUGAAAUAAGGCACAGAACAUAUUAUUUAUGAAGUAUUUUACAGAGUGCAUUUCUUAAU